GUGAUCAAGAAUCGCUUCCACCGUAUGUUCCUGCCUUCCCAGUCGUUGGAUGCCGUCUCCCCCACAGAUCUUCUGCUGUGCUUUGAGGUGCUCUCUCCAGAGCUGGCUAAGGAGAGGGUGGUGGAGCUGCAGGUCCAACAACGCCCUCAGGUGACCAGCAUCCCCAUCACCAAAUGCGCCGCCUGUCAGAAAAAGCAGCAGUCGGAGGAAGAGAAGCUGAAGCGCUGCACUCGGUGCUAUCGGGUUGGCUAUUGCAAUGUAGUGUGUCAGAGAACGCACUGGUCCAACCACAAAACCUUGUGCCGCCCUGAGAAUAUUGGCUUCCCCUUUCUUGUCAGCAUACCCGAGUCCCGCCUCACCUACGCACGAUUAGUUCAACUUUUGGAAGGCUACGCAAGGUACUCAGUCAGUGUAUUCCAACCACCUUUCCAGGUGGGCAGGGUGCCAUCCGAGCAAGGCCUGCCUCUUCUGUCUGCAGAAAAACAAGAGCCUCCCGUCAGGAACAGCUGCGCUACCGUUGGGUCUGCUGCCGCCGCCACCGCUACCGUUGAAACGAGCGCCCUGGAACCUGGGGAGGGAGCAAGGGCCCCACACCUCUUGCAGGAGCCCCAGCCGUCUCUCUCCGCCCCCGAGCUGCAGCCUGAAUUAGGGGAUGCCAGCACAGUCCGAAGCAAGGUCCCCACGGGGAGAAACUCAGACCUAAGCUUAGAUUCAGGCUACGCUGAGCCAUCGGCAGAAUCACAGCUCGAGGGCUGUAUGGAACGGGAGCUACCCUAUGAAAGAAUCCCCAGGCCAGAAGCUGCCAUUCUGGGUUACCAGCAUCCAGCCGAAGGACUGAGUUCUCAAGUUACUCAGUUUUACAUCAAUAAAAUUGAUGCAACCAGCAAGGAGCAGAAACUAGAGGAUAAAGAAAACUCUGUGGUGCUAGACAUGUACUGCCCAAAGUGUAAGCAGCACCGUGAGGCAUCCAAGCAGCUGAUGUUAUGGCGUCUGCCCAACAUCCUCAUCAUACAGCUCAAGCGCUUUUCCUUCCGCAGCUUUAUUUGGAGAGAUAAGAUCAACGACAUGGUGGAUUUCCCAGUCAGGAGCUUGGACCUGAGCAAGUUCUGCAUUGGCCAGAAGGAUGAGCAGCAGUUGCCCAUGUAUGAUCUAUAUGCAGUGAUCAAUCACUACGGGGGCAUAAUUGGUGGGCACUACACAGCCUAUGCCCGGCUGCCUAGUGACAAGAACAGCCAACGUAGUGAUGUGGGUGAGUAGGCUUUAGGUCCACUGACCUUCAA